AGAGUCCAGUCGCAGCGCGGGCAAGCAAACGUUAAAAAGCAAAUAACAAAAUUCUAAUUAAUCUACCGCCGAGAGAGAUAUCUCGCCAAACGAUAUGGAUACCGUGAAACUGUUCAGCGUUCUUCUGAUUUGUGCCGCUUUGAUGUUCAUCUGCGAUGCACAGCUGACCUUCACGCCGGCCUGGGGCAAGCGUUCGCAGGGUGCGAUGGGAAUUAAUCCGCUCGGCAGUACCUUCGGACAGCAGGACGCGUGCAAAACACCGGUUGAUUCGCUGCUCGUCAUCUACCGAAUGAUUCAGGCGGAAGCUCAGAAGAUUGUUGAUUGCAGCCAGAAGUAGACCCAUC